UCAAGAACACGCUUUAUAUCACUCGGAAAGACGAGCGAAUUAAUCUGCGCCAAUCGCUUUAUUCCACCACUCAGCCCCCCGCCCCCUCCCCCAAAAUGUUCGAAAAGCAACAAAAUAAGAUGGCCUCCCAGUUCCCUCCGCACUUCCGCAUCCACAGAGAAGGCUGGCGGAGGAAACAUUGCUACCUCAGCCCGUCGAACGGCCCGAUCCUCUAUGCGGUCUCGCUGCACAGCGGGUGGUCAGGCAAGCCACACCUCGUGCUACACAACGGCCCAAACGAGAACUGCCCACCACUCGCCACCUCCAAGAUCAAGACCAGCGUCUUCAACAAUGGAGAUGCGAUAGUAACGCUGUUGCCUUCCCCUGGGUCCACAGGGUCGGCGGUGCAGGAGCAGGUCGAGUACCACGGAAGCUCGUUCGGCCACAAGACCAUGUUUUUCUCCGUAGAAGUGGGCGCGACAGGCCGGAGAGAGACGUUUGAAUGGAGGCACAGCAGCGGGGCGGAGGUCGGCGCGCUGGGUGGGUGCGGUGAUGGGUACAAGCUGGUCAGGCUCGCGACAGACGCACCGGGUGCCUUACGUCAAAGGGGCGGCGCUACCUCGAGUGAUGGCAAGGAGAUUGUGGCCGUGUGGGCAGCACAGAGCCGCCGGCUCAGCACGGGGUUCAACUUUCAGUUUCUGGGGACUGGUUCCAGUGGCGUGCUUGGAGAGAAGUGGGCGGCCAUGGCUGUGAUGUCGGCCUUGAGGGGUUGGGACCGGAUACUGAGGCAAAGAGCGCAAACAGCCGCUGCCGCCAGUUGAUGAGUGGAGUAGGCUCAACUAUUCCAUGAGUAAUUAUGCUU